UCACAUCUGUUUCCUCUGCUCUCAACUACGAAAUCAGCCGCAAGCAUGUCAGACAAACCCAACCUGGAGGAAGUGACCAGCUUUGACAAGAGCAAGCUGAAGAAGACGGAGACGCAGGAGAAAAAUCCUCUGCCGUCAAAAGAGACUAUCGAAGAGGAAAAGAAGGCAAGCACGUCAUGAAACUUCUGAUCAAGACUCCACUAUGCACUGCACUGCCUUCAUCUUUUCACCCUUUCUUUUUCUAAAAAUGUGUUUAAUUUCGUAAGACAAAACGGAAAAAAUAAAAACCUAAGAUGAGUUCUGAUUGGACGAAACAAAACCACCAUCUUGUGGCCCG